UGCCAAAGUGCCACUCUCAAUUCUCCUCAUCUAGUUCUUCAUUCGAUCCAUAUUCUUUAAUUAACUAUAUAUAUUUGUUCAAUAUAUUUCAAAAAUGCCUUCAAUUGCAUUUGGUCGAUUUGAUGACUCGUUUAGCUUAGGCUCCAUCAAAGCCUACAUUGCCGAGUUCAUCUCCACCCUCCUCUUUGUUUUCGCCGGUGUCGGCUCCGCCAUCGCUUAUGCUAAAUUGACAACGGAUGCUGCCCUUGACCCACCGGGUCUGGUGGCUGUGGCGGUUGGCCAUGCUUUAGCACUCUUUGUUGCGGUAUCAAUUGCAGCCAAUAUCUCCGGUGGACAUGUCAAUCCAGCUGUCACCUUCGGAUUGGCUGUUGGUGGUCAGAUCACUAUCCUAACCGGUAUCUUUUACGUGGUUGCACAACUUGCUGGCUCCAUUGUCGCGUGCUACCUUCUUAGCUAUGUCACCGGAGGAUUAGCUGUGCCUACACACGGAGUUGCAGAUGGAGUUGGAGCAAUCCAAGGAGUUGUAAUGGAAAUCAUUAUCACCUUCGCAUUGGUGUACACCGUUUACGCCACAGCAUGUGAUCCCAAGAAGGGUGCAUUGGGAACAAUUGCACCAAUCGCCAUUGGAUUCAUUGUUGGAGCCAACAUUUUGGCCGCUGGCCCAUUCUCUGGUGGAUCAAUGAACCCAGCCAGAUCUUUCGGGCCAGCUGUUGCCAGUGGUGAUUUCUCUGGCCACUGGAUCUACUGGGUUGGACCACUCAUUGGCGGUGGCUUAGCUGGAAUCGUUUACCCCAAUGUGUUCAUGAACCAAGAACAUGCUCCUCUUUCAAGUGAUUAUUAAUUUCUUAUCCUUAACAAGACCAAUAUGUGAUUGUAAUAAAAAGGAAGAAAAGCAAUUUAUUUGUUUUUGUUUCUUUUUCUUUUUCUAUUUGAUCUUUAUUUAUGAGAACAUUUAUGGAA